AAACAUAAGAAAUGAUUUUCGUUGGAAAAUAGCAAAUUUAUUGUCAACAUGUUCAAAAAUUGUUUAAAUAAAUUUAGUUUUUUAGAUAAUAAAUUAAUUUGUCACUAUUCGACAACUAAACAAAAUGCAUCCAGCACCAAAUGGAAAAGUGUUGUCGGUCUAGAAGUCCAUGCACAAAUAUUAUCCAAUUCGAAACUAUUUUCAGGUAGUUCAACUUUAUUUACAGAGCCUUUAAAUUCGGCAGUAUCUGCUUUUGAUGCUUCAAUACCUGGAACUUUACCAGUACUCAAUAGAAGAUGUGUGGAAGCAGGUAUAAAAACUGCAUUAGCACUAAAUUGUCGUGUUAAUCCAGUUUCAAUGUUUGAUAGAAAACACUAUUUCUAUGCUGAUUUACCGACAGGAUAUCAAAUAACCCAACAAAGAUCAGCUUUAGCUAAUAAGGGUGAAAUCAACUUUCCAGUCAUUGUACCAGGGAAAUCAAAAUCAUACCGAAAGACUGUUCGUCUUCAUCAAUUACAAUUAGAACAGGACAGUGGAAAAACAUUACAUGAUGAUUCUUUGAAAAGGAGUUUGGUUGAUCUUAAUCGAGCUGGUGUCCCACUGAUGGAGUUAGUUUUUGAACCCGAUCUUGAAACUGGUGAAGAAGCAGCAUCUCUAAUAAAAGAACUGAUAUUAAUUUUUAAAACUCUUGGAACUUGUUCCUGUAAAAUGGAAGAGGGUGCAUUGCGUGUAGAUGCUAAUAUUUCAAUUCACAAAGAUGGAACACCCAACGGUGUUAGAACAGAAGUUAAAAAUAUAGGUUCUGUUCGUAGUAUUGCCCAGGCUAUUUCCUACGAAGUGAAUCGACAAAUCGAAAUUAAAAACAAUGGAGGUGAAAUUAGUAAUGAGACAAGAUCGUGGGAUGCUGAAUCAAAGCGAACUGUUGCAAUGCGUGACAAAGAAGUCCUUCAGGAUUAUCGAUUUAUGCCUGAACCCAAUCUACCACCAUUACGUGUUGAUCUCAAAGGUGAUCUUAAUCGAGCUGAUAUAGUUUCAGUGCCUAAAAUCAAAGAAGAGAUACCUGAUCUUCCUGAAGCAAUUCGACAGAAUUUAAUGGAUAAAUUCAAUUUGGGACAAGAUCCUGCCAUAUUUCUUGUUAAUGAGACUGUCCUUCUAGACUUGUUUAAGAAUAUAUUACAAGCUUUGCCAGAGAUCCCAACAAAAUUAGUAGCUAAUUUUCUAAUCAAUGAUCUUCUAACUUUAUGCAAUAAAUCUAAUAUGGAUGUGGAGGAUUGUAAAGUGACUUCAGAGCAUUUGACAGACAUUUUAAAAAAUCUCCAUGAAGAAGAAAUCAAUCUGAAUUCAGCUCGCAUUUUAAUUGAAGAACUUCAAGAAAAUCCCAAAUUGACUGUGUCAGAUCUUAUUGCUGAAAAGAAUCUUAAACAAAUAAGUGAUCCUGAUGAAAUAGAAAAGAUUUGCCUUCUUGCAAUUGAAAAGAAUCCAAAAGCCGUGGAAAGUUAUAAGGCGGGCAAAGGAAAAGCUUUCUUUGCAAUUGUUGGAGAUGUUGCUAAGAUGUCUCAACAAAAAGCUAAAAUGUCGAUUGUUGUUAAGAAACUUGAAGAAUUACUGAAAAAGUAAAAACGUGAUUUGAAAAAGAAUACAAGAAUUAAGUGAAAA